AUGGCGGAUAAUCUCCUCUCCUUGCUGAUGGGCAUUCUGACGACCCACUGGAUCGGCUUGGCUCUAGCGAGUGUCAGUCCAGCCUUUUCCGAGCAUUUCAACUGUAUCCCAUCCAUGUUUGGCUCAACUAAGAAUGUGAUAGACUAUUAUCUAUGUCUCCAGCCGUUGUGUUUAUCAUCUUUACUUCCAUCCCGUCUCCCAACUUCCUGGUCCAAAACUUGCAGCUGUUUCGAAUGUAUGGUACGCGUAUCAUUGGUAGGCUCCUUCUUUUGAUUGCCACAUACUCGUUUCCUCACGAAUUUAGGAUUACCGGAAAAUAUCCCAUGGCCGUCGAAAAGGCACUUGAGCAGUAUGGUAAGAUCGCUUUCAAGCAGUAAUAUGUAAUCAAUCUGUUUCACUGAAAAUGAAUAGGUGAUGUCGUUCGUAUCGCUCCAAACGAGAUUGUAUUCAUUGAUCCCCGCGCUGCUUCGGGUACCAAAACCCUCCGAAGAAGAAAUUUGAUCCUUCACUAUCUAACAAAAGAUGCAGACAUCUAUGGAUCACAUACUAAGCACCUGGAGCAUUUCACGAAAACUAACUUCAUCAAAAUUGGGCAAGGGGAUCAGGGCAUUGCUUGGGAGACUGAUCCCGUCAAGCAUCGUAAUAUGGUCAAGAAAAUAUCACCCGCAUUUAACAUGAAGUCUGUCAGGGCUAAAGAUCCAACGAUGCACAAGCAUAUCGAUCAUUUUGUGCAAAUUGUCAAGGAGGUUGGGAGUUCAGACGGAGGGGUUGAACUACGUGAAGUGAGUUUUGAAAUUCGUAAUUCUUUUGACUUGUACUCAUAUUUCACCUUCCAGUGGACAAAUUGGCUCGCUCUUCAUAUAUCAGCAGAGCUAGCCUUUAGUCGACACAUGCAUCAAUUAAAUCAAAGUGAGAAUUCAUAUGCCGUUCUUCCAAAGUAUUUGCAUUGCUCAUGCUCCACAGGAAAAAGCUCCCCAUUUCUAGAAGUCCUAUGGGGAAUGAAUUUCUUUUUGAAGAUUCACCAAGUCUGCCGAAAGUUUCCUCUCUUGAGUCCGAUUCAGUUUCUCUUUGCUCCGCCCUCCGCUGUAAUGAGCGAGUUAAAAGGCAGAAAAAUCACGACCAUGGAAGUCAAAAACCGAAUCAAACGCCAGGGCAAGACUGUACACUUAGAUCACUUUGAUCAAACUCUGGGUGAUAUGGAUCCUGAUUCAACCCCAAGCAAAAGGGAGCAAGAGCAUUUGGAAGUCCUUGCUGUGCAAAUGAUAGUAGCGGGCUAUGAACCGAUUUCGAGUCAGGUCUUAUGCACCAUUAUGUUCUCUUUGUUGGCACCGGAGACAUACAAACGGCUCGUUGAUGAGAUCAGAAUGGAAUUUACUAGAUAUGAGGGUAUCACACCAGAGGCUUUAGCCCCACUCGAGUACCUCAACGCUUCCUUGAUGGAGACUUUUGCGUAUGACCGUUAUCGGAGGAACCGGUCUGCCCCGUAUCAGCCCGGGUGCACAUGUGAACAGAAUUUAUGUAGAAAAAGGGGUCAGAUCCCAACAAGAUUUUACAAAAUGUCUUUAUAACUAACAUUUUCCAAAUAGGUUUAUGUACAAUACAGCCAUUUCGCAUUCACACGUAG